GCUGGAGCGUGAUAACAGGUGAAGAGAAGGUCGAGCAAGUGAGGACAAAGGUGAAACGUAACCCCGGCUACAGAAGCCGCAACAUAACAGAAGCCUGGAUGGGUUGGCAAUGGAUGAACCCGCCAUGAGUUAUAUUCUAGGGGCCGGGCUCUUUGUGGCUGGAGUCUGCACCAUGUCAUUAAUCCUGUACACGUUUCAAGGGAGGCAGACGGAAUCCCCGUUACCAGAAGAACCCCAGCGGCUUCAAGUUCCGAAGAUCCGUGGAAAGCCAAAGAAGCGGAAGAUUUUGUGUACGAAAAAGAGGGGUCGGAGAGGACGUUGGGAGUCUCCUCCCUUGCAUCCCGUGGAUCCUCCACGUGCUCCACUCCUCAGCCCCCCAAAGGAGCCGAUCGCAUCCACGCUGCCCCCUGAGGUCUUGUACAUGUUAAAGAGUAUAAGAGUGCUGGGUCAUUUUGAGAGACCUAUUUUCCUUGCGCUGUGCCAGCACGUGGUGUACGAGCAUUACAGCCCGGGAUCGCUGGUUUUCUGCCCCGGGCAGCCGGACUCCAGCAUUUACAUUGUCCUGGAGGGGAGAGUGGAGCUGUCACUGACCGAUCCCGAUGGCACCCGGCAUUACAUGAAAUCGGUGGGUCCAGGCGAUAACGUGCACAGUCUCCUCAGUAUCCUGGACGUGCUGACGGGUCACCAGCGGCCAUACCGUACAGUAACGGCACAGGCUGUAGAGAAGAGUACCUUACUACGUCUUCCCGUUGAGGCUUUCUGUUCCAUAUUUAAGAGUCACCCCCAGAGCCUGGUACGGACGGUGCAGAUCAUAGCAAUUCGCCUGCAGAGGGUCACCUUCCUUGCUCUACACCACUAUCUGGGUCUCACCAUUGAGCUCUUCCAACAUGCCCCUCAGGAUGAGUCUCAUCCAUCUCAGUCUAAGUCUGUCUGCUCUCGGCGGCCACCGCUUUCAAGAAGCAAAACACAUGACGAAGGCAGCACAGAUAAGUCUUCUAAGUCCCCACCACAAAAACACAAGAGAGCUCCACCCUUAGGACGCUGCAGAUCUGCAUCUUUGGCGGUGCCAGGAACUAUGUCAUCUUCUGGGUUCUGGCGCUCUCUGGAUUGUGAGUUAAAGCAGACUCAUGGUCCUUUCUCUAGUAAAGGAAAAGAAACUCUCACACACUGUUCACCUAUGCUUGAUUCUCUGGAUCCAGAAGACACCCAGGAGAGGAUAACUAAAUUAAUAGAAACCGGAAAGAAACAGAUGGCCGGUCUGAUGGACCUUGAGGAUGUAUCCCUGCUCGAUCACAAGGUGUCUCUCCAUCAUGUGAAGGCUGAUACUGUCAUUGCCAGGCAAGGUGAACAGGGAGUAGGUCUGCACCUCUUGCUGUCUGGCUGUGUCCAUGUUUAUCAGGGCGUCAGUGGCCGCCAGGACUUCUGUAUCUUCGAAACUUGUCCCGGCGAGAUGAUCGGGCAGCUUACGGUUCUAACCGGAGAACCUUUGAUCUUCACCAUGAAAGCUGUGAGAGACAGCUCGUUUCUGUGUCUGAGUCGUACUCAUUUCUACCAGAUCCUGCGCUCGCAUCCUCAUGUCCUGCUUUCCGUGGCUCAUUCGGUGGCCCGGCGCGUUUCUCCCUUUGUGCGUCAGGUGGAUUUCUCAAUAGACUGGAUUGGAGUGGAGGCCGGGAAAGAACUCUAUAGGAUGGGAGACCCUUCUGACUGCACCUACAUCACUCUAAACGGGCGCCUCCGUUCCGUGAUCGAGCACCCGGAUGGGAAGAAGUCUGUGGUGGGGGAGUAUGGCCGCGGACAGCUGAUUGGAAUGGUGGAAGCUUUAACCCACAGACCGAGAGCCAAGUCUGUCUAUGCGGUGCGAGACUCUGAACUGGCGAAAGUACCGGAUGGGGCCUUGUCUUACAUCAAGAGGAGAUACCCACAGGUGGUAACAAGACUGAUUCAUAUUUUAAGCCAGAAAAUCCUCGGAAACCUUCAGCAAUCAGAAGACAAUGCAGAUCCUGGUAAUCUUACUAGUAAUCUUUGCACGGUCUGUGUCUUACCCUGCAGUAAUGAAGUACCCCUCACUGCUUUCACCCUGGAGCUCAAACAUGCGCUAGAUGCCCUCGGUCCGACAUUAGUUCUUACAAGUGACAUCAUCAGGACACGGCUUGGAUCAUAUGCCUUGGAAAGCACACAUGAAUGUCAGCUGUCCAGUUGGCUGGCCCAACAAGAAGACCUCCAUCGUAUGGUUCUAUACCAGACUGACUCCAGUCUAACACCGUGGACCGUCCGCUGCAUCCGGCAGGCAGAUUGCAUUCUGGUUGUUGGUUUGGGGGAAGAGGAGCCAGUUCUGGGUGAGCUGGAAAAGUUCCUGGAAACGUCCCCAAUUCGAGCGCUAAAACAGUUGGUUCUCCUCCACCGAAUGGAUGGUCCUCCACCGCGUGGCACCGUGCACUGGCUUACGGCGAGGACAUGGCUUUCGGGACACUUUCAUAUCCGAGGGCCAAAGCGUGUGUUUAUCCCAAGACCUCCUCACAAAAUGCACGAGCUGUACACCAAGGUCCUGCAGAAGGCUGCCGACCGCCACAGCGAUUUCUCGCGGCUCGCGCGCGCUCUGACCGGAAAUACAAUAGCUCUGGUUCUAGGAGGAGGUGGUGCCAGAGGCUUUUCCCAUGUUGGAAUGAUAAAGGCCCUGGAGGAAGCCGGCAUCCCGGUAGACAUGGUUGGCGGAACAUCCAUUGGUGCAUUGGUUGGAGGUCUGUAUGCUGAUAGACAGAGCGCCCGUCAGACCAAAGAGUGGACGUGCAAAUGGGCAAAGAUGAUGUCUUCACUGCUUCGGACAGCUAUGGACCUCACCUACCCCAUUGCUUCACUUUUAUCAGGCUCUGCCUUCAAUUCCGCUUUGCAAAACCUCUUUGGGGAGAAACAAAUCCAGGAUUUAUGGUUGCCGUAUUUCAGCAUCACCACAGACAUCACGUCUUCCACCAUGCGGAUCCAUAGGGAUGGCUGCCUGUGGCGUUACGUCAGAGCCAGUGCCUCCUAUACCCCUUAUUUGCCACCUCUCUGUGACCCUCAGGACUCUCACCUCUUAUUGGACGGCUGUUACGUGAAUAACCUGCCAGCCGACGUGGCUCAUUCCCUCGGAGCCCGCACUGUGUUAACAAUAGACGUUGGGCAGCAGGAAGAAUGGGAGACUUGGAACUAUGGGGACAGUCUGUCCGGUUGGUGGCUGCUUUUCAAACGAUUUAACCCAUGGGGCGAAAAGGUCAAGGUUCCGGACAUGGCUGAGCUGCAGUCCCGCUUGUCCUAUGUAUCGUGUGUCCGCCAACUGGAACAGGUGAAGCUCAGUGGAUACUGCGAGUAUCUGAGUCCUCCUGUCCAACGAUUCAACACUACUGAUUUCCACCGCUUCCAGGAGAUUCACGAUGUGGGCUAUGAGUACGGAAAACUUAUUUUUACUGAAUGGCAUCGUGGUGAUGUCAUAGAAAAAAUGCUGCAGGACAGGACUGCCACUGAAUUUUACCAGUGUCAAGAGAGAGAUACCGGAAUGGUGCCAGGUUUCACAGACCUGGCUGAAAUGAUCUCUCGCAUUGAACCUGCUGCCAGUCGCAAAUUGUUGCCAGGGGAGAAAGAAGGUGAAUUCAUGUGCAGUGGAGACACAGAUACACCAGAUGAAGGAAAGAGAGUCUGUGAAACGGAUGAAGAGAAGACAUUAAGAAUGCAAAAGGAGCAGGGCCUGGGAGGUGAACGGUGACAUCCUAAACGUUCUUACCCUGCGGAAGACGCUCUCUCUUAACCCUCACACACCAAAGGGCAUUGCUUAUUUAUUUCGUGAGGCUGCUUGUUCCGUUUUGUUGCAUUUCAGCCGGCUCUUGUAGACAAUAAUUUACCAAACAAUACAUACGCUUAGGCUCUAUAUAUGUAGGUUUGUUGUGUUUGGCCAAAACACCAACUCUCCUACCUAGAGGCCGGAAAAUGGAUUUUACUAAACUGUUUUUAAAGGAAAUAGUCCAACAUACUUUGUUAUACCUUGUAGUGGGUCAACGUUCAUAAAGUAACAUGCAAAGUCACACAAGCUUUCAAGAAGUUCCUUGAUGUCUGAAUAUUGGCUCGUUAAAGGUAUCGCAAACUUCUUUGGACUACUUAUUUACUGAGUAAGAUCUCACCUUCAGCUUAUUCCUAAUAUUUCAUUGACAUUGAGGGUUCUUGGCUAAAUUGCUUGAUGUACUCCAAGGCAGGAGUUUGGUUUUUGGGGUUCCAGUAAUCUCCUCUUUUUAUUUCUUAUGCCGUGGUCACCACACGCACAAGCUUAAUGACUGUUUACUUUUAUACAUGGUUUUAUAUUUAAUCAUUAAAAUACGAGAGUGUUCAAUGU